CAUUAUAAUAUUUUUUGUAUACGUGUAACAACGGAUAGUUUGAAUUUAAAAUAAAAAUAAAAAGUGAGAUAACAGAGGCAGAGAGGAAACCGUCUGAUCUAUAUAACAUAUGUCUUUGAAUGAUUUAUGUAUUCAAAAAAUCCUCCGACCCUGCAUCGGUCAGAAGAUAUUUGUAAAUCAUUUAAAUUCCGAGAUACACGUCAUUCUUUCCACAAAAGUAAACUAAAGUGAACAAUUAAAACUUAUUAGUUCUUAAAAUUUCGAAAUUGUUUAAAAUUAUAUUACUCUAAAAAUUGGUUAAUAUUUAACCGGUUACUAAAAUAAAAUUAUUUCAAGAAAUAGAUGAAAUAAUAUAAAUAUAAAUUAAUACUUUUUGUUAGUAUUGGAUAAUAAAAUAUGGGACUAAAUCCGUUGACGUGGAAAUUGCGCUCGGUCGUUUAUAUUUUAUUAAUGGUUCUAUUUUAUGUACUUUUUAUUUAUAAAAAAGUUUAUCAUGUAGCCGUUGAGGUUACCAUACCAAAUACUAUACCAGAAUAUGUAUGGGAAUUCGUAGCUGAUUUUAGUAAUAUGAAAACUCUGAAUCCAACUCUAGAGGAAUUUGUUAUUAUUGAUGAAACUGGAAAUCUCGAUCAUUGGAAGUAUACUGUCCGUUACAAGGAGCAUUUAAGUCAAAUUUCAUCAAUUCACAAUUCAGCUAUCGCGCAUUUUUCAGUAAAACGUGACGGCGACGAAUACUUGAUUGAUUCUGAUCACCAAACAUGUUUUUUUGAAAAAAAUGCCUGUUUCAAUACUAAAUCUUCAUUCAAAUUUUUAGAAGAUGGAACAAGUACUAGAGGUAUUGAAAGCAUCGAUUAUGAAUGCCCUAUGAUUUUUUCGUCUUUUUGUCACAAGGAAGUCAUGUAUCAACGUAAUGAAAUAAUGAAUGGUUUGCAACGUCACUUUCAGAAGUUCCAUGAUAUUCAAACUCAAAAACAUUAUUAACAAUAACUAUUAAAAUAUCAUUUAUGUACACAUAUUUUUGUACCUAAAAAAAAUAUAUAUCUAUAUCUAUUUA